AUGGUUGUUUUGUCUGCUGCUAUAUGCUCUAACACAGGGAAGCCGUUGUUGUCCCGUCAAUUCAGAGAAAUGUCUAAAGACUCGAUCACGGCGUACUUGACCAAUUUCAGCAGUUUGUUAUUGGAAAAUAAUUCCCAGCAUACCACGAUCGAAGCCGGGAUGAUCAGAUACAUAUACCAACCGGUGGAAAGUUUUAUUUUGGUGAUCAUCACGAACUUGAACUCUAAUAUCAUUCAGGACAUUGAUACUUUGCAAGUGUUUUCCAAAACGGUGUCGUCGCUUCUUAGAAGCUCUUCUGUAGGGUCGGUGAUUGACACCCACGAGGUUUUCCUUAAUAGUUUUGAGAUCUUGAAUGCUUUUGACGAAAUCAUCACUCAAGGGUAUAAAGAAAACUUGACCCCAUCGCAAGUCACCACGUUCUUGGAAAUGAACUCGCACGAAGAAAAACUCCAAGAAAUCAUUGAUAAAAACAAGGAAUUGGAGGCUGCAGAGGAAAGAAAGCGUAAAGCCAAAGAAAUCCACAGAAGAGAAUUGGAAAGACGUGCCAAUGAAGCUUCGUUUGCUUCAGUUGGAGGCGGGGCCCCUGGAGGAGGAAUGGGAUCAAACUCAUUCAAACAGCCUACUUACAACACACCAACUUAUGCAGAUGAAGAGGAUGAUCCAACCACCGCGUACGCCAAAGCCGCCGCCGGUGGUGGUAGAUACAUGGGUGGUGGUAGCAGUAGUCUCGGCCGUGGCUUACAAUUGGGCAAAAAGAAGCCAGGAAACACUUCGGACUUUUCCCCAUUGUUAUCAGGAGCGAGAACCGGUAAACAACUUGCUGCUGCUCAGCAACAACUACAAGAGGAACCAGAACAGCAUGUCAGUCUUGGGUCUACUUCGAAGAUUGGUAAGCCAACGGUUCCGGAAGUCGAGAAUAAUGGUAUUUUAAUCGUUGUGAAUGAAAAGAUCUCUGCAGAAAUCUUGAGAGAUGGAUCGAUUAAAUCUUCAGAAAUCAAGGGUGAUUUGCAGUUAUGUAUCAAUAACCCAGAAUUGGCUCACUCUAAAUUGAUGUUGGGUCCAGUUACCACCAAAGCAGGUCUUCAAUUUAAGACCCAUCCUAAUGUCGAUAAGGCGAAAUUCAACUCUAAUAUAAUAACAUUGAAGGACCAAAAGAAAUCAUUCCCAUCGAACGGCCAAGCGUUAGGGGUUCUCAGAUGGAGAGGUAUUGGUAAAGAUGAAGACGUCCAGUACUUGCCAAUCACCUUCUCGAUUUGGACUUCAGAAAAUAAUGGUUCGGUGAACGUCACGGUGGAAUAUGAAUUACAAGAAAAAUUGAUCGAUGAACAAGUUAUUCUUAAAGACUUAGAAAUCGUGAUCCCUGAUGUCGGUUAUAGUGCCUCGUUAAAAUCUGACGACGACAACGUUGUCUUUAACAUGGUUGAUGAUGACACUUUGCAAUUCAUUAUCAAAGAAAUUAGCUACGAAGAUCCAAGCGGUGCCAUUGAAUUUACCGUGGAAACUAGUGAAGAAGAUUAUUUAUUCCCAAUGUAUGUUAGCUUUGCUCUCCAGAGUAACAAGGUGAACUUUGGAGGAAUCGAAGUUCAAGACGUGUUGAGUGUUGACGAAGAAGAGAAAUCUUUGCCAUAUGAUUUUGUUUCGAACGUGAUCAGUGAGAAUUUCACUAUUGUCUGA